ACACAUAUAUACACAUACACAUAUAUUUUUAAUAGUGUACGUGGACGCGAGCGAAGGCAACGAACCGAUCACUUUAAACUUCCGGCUGCCAAGCGGCCUGCAAUCACGAAUGUGGGAGAUGCGCGUAGUGCAAUUGGGUUUCGAGCAACGGGCGCCAGUCGGGUGUCUACAAUAUUUUCGCUCGCCGAACGGCACGCUGAGGACAUUCAAUUAUCUGCCCAACGGUCGAUACCUCGCCGGACAUGAUUACUUAUUGUGCGUUCGUCAGGAGAGAGACAUGUGCGGUAUCGUUUAUCAGCCGUGCACGCGAGAUUCUUUUAGGAUAGGACCUGACCGGUCCAACGCGACGAACGUCCUUGCGGCUCCCGCCACGACGAACAACGGAAACGCCUCCGUCUCCGCUAUCGUCGAUCUCAACAAUGUCGCGAAUAAUUCCAUCGCGGAUGUCGUCGAAGGCUCGGGUGCGGGAUCGCCCGAGCAGCAGGAGAUGGUCCUCACCAUCGGCACGAACGGUCCGACGUCACCGAUCGAGAGACGGU